AUGCCUGCCAGAGUACGCAGCACGCUCCAACGGAGCCUCGCGCACCCCCUGGACAGUGCCUGCCACUCGCUACCGAAAUGCGGCCGAACACCUUCGACGCGUGCCUACACGAAUUCCGCUCGCUUUAGCACGAUUGCGCCAGCGCGCCGAACCGAUCGCCUCCCUAUAUACUCUCUCCGCCCUGCUCCGCGAUCACUUACUACUUCUACGGCUAUAUCGAGUGUUCCGCCCCGGUUUAAGGAGCUUCAUGAUGCUUUGAGUGGAGUCAAGGAUGCGGCUAUUCAGCAGGUUAGCGUUAGUCGUUUACAACUUGCUUUGAGGGGGUUGGAGUCGGAGAAGCCUUUGAUUCGUGUUGCUGGUCAGCGCGAGGACUGGGAGGAUAUAUUGGAUGGGCAUGAGGCCGAUCCUUCUCGCGGGUUACUGAUCAGAUACGGCGAAGCCUCUGAGUCAAUUCCCAACGACUUACUCCCUACCAUUGCGAUUCGAUCACCCCUCUUGAAGAAAGGCAAUCUUGAGAUCCUGGUUAGCUCGAUUGGUUCCGAGUCGAAUUCGAAAAACACAACCCUUGCCGCCGACACUUUCCUCGUUCCCACCAUCAGUAUACCAAUUUCACAUUCCGGUCGCCAUAAUCUGAUCCGGUACCCUGUACAUCGAAGCAUAGUGUGCGGGAAGGGAGUGGACGGGCUUCUUGCAUUCAGCUCGCUAAUUGGCCAGUCAGAUUUGAAGAAUGAGGUAGAAUCUGUACGUGGUGCUAUAGAGCUUUCUGUGGAGAAACAAAAGAUCAAUGGGGACCGGCUCUCCUUUGUAGAUAUCGAUCGUGCGACCAGGGCAUUGGACAGUAUCCGGAAGUCUGUAAAGAACGCUACAGACUACGAGCGGGGCUGGACCGGAAGCGGCGUGCAACCAGUGAUUGACUGGCUUGCAUCGACUUCACAGAGUAUGAAUGAAAACUCUCUGAACCCUACUUUGGUUCCAUUAAUCGAGUCUCUACUCGAUGCCGCCGAUGAGGGCGUUACCGCUCGAGAUGCCAAGGCCCUUGAAACCCAAACAACAGGAACUGUCGAUCAAAAUGUGCGCUUCGAGCUAGAGCGUGGAGUCACAAGUUGGGCUGAGCGCGCACACUCCGAGCUGCGCGGCUCUCUUGAAGCAGGCUUUGCCGAUUCCCGUUGGAAGGGACUAGCAUGGUGGAAGCUUUUCUGGCGUGUAGACGACGUGGGCAUGAUUACAUCUGAGAUUCUUGAAAAGCGUUUCCUUAGUCGCGCAGAACGAGAAGCUAUCUGGUCCUCGGGCAAAUACCAGCAGGCUGGCCUGCUGGAUCAGCCUAGUCUUUCUUCUGAAUCCCCCUCACCUACCCCGACACAAUCUAUUCCAUCUCCGUGGCCAACACAGAUCCCCGACAUGCGCACAAAACUGCUCACCAACACCGUCCCCUCUCUUCAAGCCCUUGCACAGCGUCUUGUCCUCUUUAGCGUCUCUACUACCACUCUUACAUCCGCCCUCUCUGUUCUAACCUACCUCUCUAUCCCGUCUGCCUCUAUGUACGAAUCAUGCACAAUCGCAGCGGUGGGUCUUAUCUACUGUCUACGUCGCCAGCAGAAGAAAUGGGCUUCAGCCCGUGGCUUCUGGGAGGAAGAGGUCCGUGAAGAAGGCCGCACGUCUCUACGUGAGACGGAAGAUCUCAUGCGAUCAAUCGUCCGUGAGGGUGGAAAGGAGGUUGAGGACCUGACUGAUCACCGUGCUCGGGAUGCUGUUUCCCGGGCCCGAAAGGCUUUGGAGGAUAUGAAAGUCUGA